AUGUGUGAUUGCCAAUUUGAACGAGUGUUUCGCCAACUUGGCCGCCAUGUUACACAAUAUCUGGAUUUCAAAUCGAGGUAGCCAGAAUUCCUUCUUUUUUUCUGGAAAUUUAGCCGGAUCGUUUCCAGAAUCGCGAUGCAAUUGGUCUCCAAAAGUGUGGCGGAAACGGUGCGAUCGCUGCCCCCCGCACACUUUGAUUUCGUCGAAUUGACGCCAUCAGCAGGACCAUCCAAAACCGUCCGUAUUUGUGUGAUGGACGUGUCCGCCUCGCCGAUAUUUGUUGUCGAUCGAACGUUUGAGCGGUCGGAGGGAAUCGACAACUUUCUGAAGCUGUUCAAAGACUCGAACUCAUCGAUCGGCACUCUUCUUUUGGGCGCUCCCACCGGCACCAACCGUGCAUUUCCAGAGUUUUUGGCGGAUUUGGUGGCGAAAUGGACGGCGGCGCGUGUGUUGAGAGUCAAAACUUUGAAAUGGGGCCUCAAUGAGCAGGGCGGAACGCUUUUUUUGAGAGUUUUACGGAAACUUGACCCGUUUGAACUGAAAUCGAUGACAAUUUGGAAUGGCGUUUUGAGCGGGCCGGUUUUGAAGGAAUUUGUGGGCACCGAGCAGUUUGGGUCGUGUGAAAAAGUGGAAAUCGAACCGGUUAUCGAUUAUUUAUCGCAUCACUUUUUCCAUUUCAAAAAGCUCAAGUUGAAGGUGAACGGUCUAUCCGCAAAUGUUUUUUUGGAUUUGGUUAAAGUGAGCAAACUUUUUUUCAGUGAAAAAAUACGAAAAUUUCCAGAUUUUUCACUCAAAAAAUCACAAACCCGGCUCAUUUUUCUACCUCCAUUCCCUAUCCUCAGUUGACAUUACGCAGAUAGCCGGCGCCUUUGAAAUGGCGAAAAAUCGAGGAGAACGAUUUGAAGAGUAAGGUUUUUAUGGGUUUAUCUGAAAAAUAACCACUUUUUCAGAUGCUACACGUUCAAAAAUGCCAAAAGCCAGUGUAUAUUGUGUGUUCGCAUUUCUGAGGAUCAACUUUUUGGGGUCGUGUGUCGGGCGAAGCAUCUGGAAGAGGAUUUACGAGAGUUGUUCGUUUGGAACAUGUGA